GAAUUAAUCACAUGUUAGAUUGGUAUAAUUAAUUAUAUAAAUUCUGAUACUUGUAUACAGUUUAAUUUAUCAAUUAAUCUUCACGUGAAUGCAAUAUUGAGUUGUUUCAUGCUGAAGUUAACUAUGUAUAAAAAAAAAUCUACAACCAUGUGAGGAGGUGUUUGAGCUGUUUUGUGACGUAAAUUUUGUAAUUAACAUGGCUGAAUCUCGUGUUGUAAUAUUAAUUUACAAUUAUAACGGAUAUUAAAAUAUAUUCUUCAGUCAUUGCUGGUAACAUUUUUAUUGUUUGCAAUCCUUGAAUACUUUAUUGCUCUUAAUAACGUAUAACCAAUCUUUAAGAAUUUUUUUAGUUCCCCGUUGAAAAAGAACACACCUCUGCACGCAAAGGCAAAUUGCAAUGACAUCAACGUUUUCUUUUCACGUGCAUAUCCACCACUAAUUAUCCUCAAUUUUGGUUAAAAUUAUGUUUUGAAGGCCUAAUAUACGACGGAUAAAGAAGCCAUUGCAUUGCAUGUUCCCUUCUAUUCAUACCCAAUCUAAUCCAAACCGAACCAAUUAAAGAAUCAACAAAACUAAACCGGUUUAAACACCAACCGCUUCGGUUUAGCACUGCGAUUCGCCUCGCGAGUUCACCACUCUCUGUUAGACCAAAGAGCCACGGAGAAGAAGAAAUGGCGGGACUACUAGCUUGGGCCGCCGACGUCGUCGGUAAAAACGGAAAAGAUGGAGGCGACGAGAAGGAUCGGAUCCCGUUAGUGUUCACGGAGGAGCAGCAGAAAUACGUCGAUGAGCUUGGUAGAAAAGCGGCAACGCUCAGCCGUUCGAUCCAAGAUCUGCGGCUGAGAUUGCCUCCGUCGGACAUCUCCCAGCGGCUGCCUCACCUUCACGCACACUCGUUAGCCUCCAAUGCAGCUCUCACUCUUCAGCUUGAUUCGCACUCCGCCACUCGUGAACAGGCUCAAGUGAGAGAGCAGACGCUGCUAGAAGGACGAAGCAGAUUCUCUUCUAGCAAAGUUGAAGGUGAGUUUAUAAGAUAUAAAGAUUAUCCUUGGCUUGUUACCAUUUUGAACCUGCUUGAUAUCAUAUGUGGUUGCAGGAGCUUGAAGAUGUUGAGGAAAGUUUGAAAACCGAGCAAGAAGCUUCUCUAGAUGAAAGGCAUUCCAAAGGAUCUGGCCCAAGCAGAGGGGAUCGUUGGUGAGAUUCAUUCGAAUGAGAUGGAAUUAGAGAGACUGAACACUUUGUGGAGAAGAUAUGAGAGCUUCAACUUCGAGGGGAACGCAGCAAGGAACAGAUUCAAAAAAACAAAUUCAGAUAGAGGAUUUGGAUCAGACCAUGAAGUUGAUGCUCAUUCAUACCUUCCAUAUUCGACUGCUACAAGAACUGAGUCCCAAACAAGGCUCAUGUAUCUCAGGUCAGCUUUUGUCGUCUACAUUUUGGCUCUGCACGUCCUGGUUUUCAUCAAGAUCUCCUUUUGAGAUAUUAUGUACAAGAGAACUCUGUUGCGCUUUUAGUUUACGCAAUGGUGCAUAUAAAAUUUAUAGGAAUAUAUGACAUAAAAGAAUCUUUCUUUACAGUUUUUUUGUGUUGAUUUAAAGAUAUUCGUUUCAUCUUA